AUGGAGGUGUUGCGGCUGUUGCUGUCUUUGGUUUGUGUCGUCCUGAUGAGAGUACAUUCUGAGACCAUUCCUGUAGAUCAGUAUAAACAGCAGCUUCUAGACGUACACAAUGCCUACAGGGCCCAGCAAGGUGCAGCUGAUAUGCAGGCUUUGGUGUGGGAUGACACACUCAGUAAAGAGGCGGGAAGUUGGAUAAAGAGAUGCAAUUUCAAACACGAGAUGAAAGGAAGGGGAGAAAAUCUGGCUUUUGAUUCCAAUCCUAAGAAGACUGAGGAAUUGAUCAAUAGUUCCAUAAAGGCCUGGUAUGAUGAAAUCAAGGACUAUAACUAUAAUAGGAAAUCCUGUGCGCCGAGAAGUUGUCAUUAUACGCAGGUUGUCUGGGCUAAAACAAGAAAAGUUGGAUGUGCCAUGGAGAAAUGUAACUAUCUUCAAGCAUUUGGAAGACCUGUGAAGAAUGCGUGGUAUCUUGCUUGUUACUACGAUCCCAAGGGAAAUGAUAUAUCGGAGUAUCCAUUUGAGAAAGGCGCAGCUUGCUCUAAGUGUCUUCAAAAACAAACCUGCGAAAAUAAACUUUGUACAGGCGAAGGUGUUGAAGUCUGCGAAGAUAACGACAAAGAUUGUGAAUUCUGGGCCACUUCCGGUGAAUGUAAGAGGAACCCUAAAUUCAUGAACAAGAAGUGCAGAAAAGCAUGUGGUAUCUGUAAAGGAGCUUGAAGUAAGUGGAGAAGUAAUCUUUUAACAAGUAAAAAUCGGAUUCAUCCAAAAUAAGGACAAAGAAAAACAAAGGAACGUCAAAAAUGAUUGCUUGUAUUUUUAUUUACUUCUCUCACCAUGCCAGUUUUUGUUGCUUGAAUUCUUUGAUAGCAAAUAAAUAGUUGCAAAGCAUAAAA